AAGGUGGCUUUCCCUAGUCAUGUGGAGGAAAAACUUUGUGAGAAAAUCCAGUGGCAUCAAAACAAAAAUGGCGUCGGGGUGUGAGGGGUGAAACUACAAAGAUAAGGACAUAGUUUUCUUUAGCAAUUCUUUACAUGGCUAGUUGAGUGUGCUUCGGUUGUAUCUCUUUGAAGUUGAUCUACUGUGCCAGGGUUUCUGAAUCAGAUUCUAGGAUGGCAUGUUGUUGCCUUUUACCUUGAGCAUAUUAUAUUAGCCCUUUGCGUUGUUUCAGCUUCCAUUUGGUUUAUUGAAAAUUUUUCUCAGUUCUAUUUGGCGUUGAUAUCGUGAAAAAUAUAUUUUUUUAAAUAUAUUAGGAUAUUAAAAUUUAAUUUAAAAUUAAAUUUAACAUAUUUUAAACAUAAAAAUUUUGGAACUGUUUUUGCAAAAAGUUUCUAAUCUGGCCCACAAGUGUCAAAUGGGGUCUCAAACCUUUUAUAACAAGAGCUAAAGCAUGUUUUGCACACGAUUCUUAGUCGUAAUCUGGUUGCCAUUCUUGCAUUAUGCUGCGGUCGGUCCUAUUUCAUUUGUAGCUGGUUUUAACAGGAUUAUGGUAUUAAAAUUGAAUGGUAGUUGGUUGAGAGUCGGCCGAAAUUAUUUAAAUAUAAAGUCGCAAAUGAAAUCCAUUUCACGAAACAGCAAAUUGUGCAAAUUAUUUCAUAUAUUCCUCAAUAAAUCCGUUUUCUUGAAAAUCGGACUGUCCGUAAUCUCUCUCUCUCUCUCUCUCUCUCUCUCUCUCUGGUGUGAGUUGCUUGUAAAAACUCCAAGUCGAAAAUCGGAACCAGCCAAACGUCUCUCCUUCUCAAACUUUCCAGAUUUGACGCUUUGUUUAGUUUUUUUUUUGCCUUCAAUCCCCUCUAGUUAGAUCCGAAUUAACAAAAUCCAUCCAAAACCACGAUCCUCUCCUAUCAUCUCAUUCCUUCUAUUCGAUUUAGCGAGACUACUGAAUCCAAUCAUAUAUUCUGUACCAAAUGUCAUCGUCGGAUCAGUUUAUUGGUGGCGGGACUAAUGGUCCCCGCUACGUCCAAAUGCAAUCAGAGCCGUCGACGCCGCAGCAUCACCAGCAACAGCAUCCACAGACGAUGAUGUCGUCCUUUUUCUCUUUCACUCAGGGCGUCACACCUGAGGCCACUCGGAUUUUCGACGAAUUACCGACGGCCACCAUCGUCUCUGUGUCUAGACCUGAUGCAGCCGAUAUUAGCCCCGUGCUUUUAUCUUAUACCAUCGAGGUUCAAUACAAGCAGUUCAAGUGGCAGUUAUUGAAGAAAGCAGCACAAGUAUUCUAUUUGCACUUUGCAUUAAAGAGACGGGCUUUUUUUGAAGAAAUUCAUGAGAAGCAGGAGCAGGUUAAAGAAUGGCUUCAAAAUCUAGGAAUAGGAGAUCAUGCGCCAGUGAUGCAUGAUGAUGAUGAUCCUGAUGAUGAGACUAUUCCCUUGCAUAACGAUGAAAGUGCUAAAAACAGAGACGUUCCUUCAAGUGCUGCCUUGCCAGUUAUUCGUCCAGCCUUGGGUAGGCAGCAUUCCAUGUCAGACAGGGCAAAGGUUGCAAUGCAAGAAUAUUUGAAUCACUUUUUAGGAAAUAUGGAUAUUGUUAACUCUCGAGAGGUUUGCAAAUUCUUGGAGGUAUCUAAAUUGUCCUUUUCUCCAGAAUAUGGUCCUAAGCUGAAAGAAGACUAUGUUAUGGCAAAGCACUUGCCAAAAAUUCCAAGUAAUGAUGAUUCUGGGAGAUGUUGUGCUUGUCAUUGGUUUAGUUGCUGUAACGACAACUGGCAGAAGGUGUGGGCUGUAUUGAAACCUGGAUUCUUGGCCCUGCUGGCCGAUCCUUUUGAUACCAAACCUCUGGAUAUAAUUGUUUUUGAUGUACUACCAGCUUCAGAUGGUAGUGGGGAUGGUCGAAUAUCAUUAGCAGUAGAAACAAAGGAACGGAAUCCUUUACGUCAUGCAUUUAAGGUCACAUGUGGUAAUCGGAGCAUAAAGUUACGAACCAAGACUGGUGCUAGAGUUAAAGAUUGGGUUGCUGCAAUUAAUGAUGCUGGACUUAGGCCUCCUGAAGGUUGGUGUCAUCCUCAUCGCUUUGGCUCCUUUGCUCCUCCUAGGGGUUUGACUGAAGAUGGUAGUCAGGCUCAAUGGUUUAUAGAUGGUAGGGCAGCUUUUAGUGCUAUUGCUUCGUCAAUCGAGGAUGCUAAAUCAGAGAUAUUUAUUUGUGGCUGGUGGCUGUGCCCAGAACUUUAUUUACGACGUCCUUUUCAUGCCCAUGCAUCCUCUAGGCUUGACUCUUUGCUGGAAACCAAGGCUAAGCAAGGAGUUCAGAUAUACAUUCUUCUAUAUAAAGAGGUGGCUCUUGCUCUGAAAAUCAACAGUGUGUAUAGCAAGAGAAAGCUUCUUAGCAUUCAUGAGAAUGUGAGGGUUUUGCGUUAUCCUGACCACUUUUCUAGUGGGGUUUACCUUUGGUCCCAUCAUGAAAAACUGGUCAUAGUUGAUUAUCAGAUUUGCUUUAUUGGAGGACUGGAUUUGUGCUUUGGCCGUUAUGACACAAGUGAACACAGAGUGGGUGACUGCCCUUCUCUUGUCUGGCCUGGAAAGGAUUAUUAUAAUCCAAGGGAAUCUGAACCUAAUUCGUGGGAAGAUACAAUGAAAGAUGAACUGGAUCGUGGAAAAUAUCCUCGAAUGCCUUGGCAUGAUGUCCAUUGUGCCCUAUGGGGACCACCAUGUCGUGAUGUAGCUAGGCAUUUUGUUCAGCGUUGGAACUAUGCAAAGAGAAAUAAAGCUCCGUAUGAGGAAGCAAUUCCACUACUUAUUCCUCAGCAGCACAUGGUUAUUCCACACUAUAGGGGAAGCAGCAAAGAGUUGGAGGUUGAAAGUAAGAAUCCUGAAGAUAAUUAUAAAGGCAUUAAAAGGCAGGAUUCUUUUUCCUCUAGAUCAUCUUUACAAGAUAUCCCUCUACUUUUACCUCAAGAAGCUGAAGGGCCAGAUGUUUCAGGUGGAGGCCCAAAAUUGAAUGGGUUAGACUCCACUCCUGGAAGAAGUCUCUCUCUUGCUUUUCGAAAAUCCAAAGUUGAACCUGUUGUUCCAGAUAUGCAAAUGAAAGGCUUUGUGGAUGACCAUGGUGUCUUAGAUCUUAAUGUGAAAAUGUCUUCAGAUCCACUGCCACAGACGAGCGCUAAAACUUCAGAUUUAGAGUGGUGGGAAACACAAGAGCGGGAAGAUCAGAUUGGUUUUGGAGAUGAAACUGGGCAAGUUGGUCCGCGUACUUCUUGCCAUUGUCAGGUUAUAAGGAGUGUGAGCCUGUGGUCAGCUGGAACAAGCCAAAUAGAGGAGAGUAUUCACUGUGCUUAUUGCUCUCUCAUUGAGAAAGCGGAGCACUUUAUAUACAUUGAGAAUCAAUUUUUUAUAUCAGGUCUUUCAGGAGAUGAAACUAUACAGAAUCGUGUGUUAGAAUCAUUAUACCGUCGUAUUAUGCGAGCAUACAAUGAGAAGAAGUGUUUCAGGGUUAUUGUGGUCAUACCUCUGAUUCCUGGUUUCCAGGGGGGUUUGGAUGACAGUGGUGCUGCAUCUUUGAGAGCCAUAAUGCAUUGGCAAUAUCGAACCAUUUGCAGAGGACAAAAUUCAAUAUUGCAUAAUCUUUAUGAUGUUCUUGGUCCAAAAACACAUGAUUACAUUUCCUUUUAUGGUCUUAGAGCUUAUGGCCGACUUUUUGAUGGUGGUCCAGUGGCCACCAGUCAGGUGUAUGUGCAUAGUAAAAUCAUGAUGAUUGAUGACUGUGCAACUUUGAUUGGAUCUGCUAAUAUCAACGAUAGGAGUUUGCUUGGUUCACGAGAUUCAGAGAUUGGUGUACUUAUUGAAGACAAAGAGUUGGUUGACUCGGCAAUGGGAGGGAAGCCUUGGAAAGCUGGAAAAUUUUCUUUGAGUCUUCGCCUUUCGUUGUGGUCUGAACACCUUGGUAUUAAAGCCAAAGAGAUCAAUCAAAUAAUAGACCCAGUAGUUGAUUCAACAUACAAAGACCUGUGGGUCGCAACUGCAAAGACAAAUACCACCAUCUACCAGGAUGUCUUUUCUUGCAUUCCCAGUGAUCUUAUACAUUCCAGAGCUGCAGUUAGACAAAGCAUGGCCUUUUGGAAGGACAGACUUGGCCACACUACCAUUGAUUUAGGAAUAGCCCCAGAAAAGCUUGAAUCUUACCAAAAUGGAGACAUAAAAAAAACUGAUCCCAUGGAGAGAUUGCAGGCAGUCCGUGGACAUCUUGUUUCUUUGCCUUUGGAUUUCAUGUGCAAGGAAGAUUUAAGACCUGUAUUUAAUGAGAGCGAAUAUUAUGCUUCUCAAGUUUUUUAUUGAUCACUGACUAGUUAAAGAGCAGUAGCCUAAGUGUUUUUCAUCCUUAGGUAAAUGCUGUUGUUGCUAAGGCCUAUGCCUGAAAUUGGGAGGGGGGCUCUAUUUAUGGCCUCCUUGAGAAUGUAAUAUGAAAACUGAACACUGUUGUACCAAAUUCAAAUCCUACCUUCUUUACUAAUAAUGGCUUAACGAGCAUCCUAUUCUUUUACAAAUAA